CCGUCGAGAAUAAACAUUCAUUGACCAGUAGAACGCCAUAAUGCUCUUAGAACUAGACUGUUAAAUUAAAUUUCAAAAUGUCGGGGGAUCUUCAUACUGCAAUUCAAGAAAUAACUACGGAAUUUAAGUCCUUUGAAAACCUAGAAGACAAUGACCAACAAUGUGGUUCCGGCUUGGAAUGUCAACUAUGUAACAUUAAAGUUACAAGUAUGAAAAUUCUGGAGAGACAUUUGAAAGGAAAAAAACAUCGAAUUCGUGAAGCGAAAAACGGAAGGGAAUUUUUCUGUGAUAUCUGCGAUGUUCGAGCGAACAGCGAGAUUCAGCUAGAUAUUCACUUGAAAAGUUCUAGACAUAAAGGAAAUAUAAUGAAGAAAGAAUCUUCAGAAUUCACGUCAGUUUCUGCUGGAACUAAAGGAAUAUGGUUGAUUGUUAUUUGUUUGUUAUGUCUUUUUUUGAACUUGUUAUUAUUAUUCAGAACUAGUUGAUUUAUUUUGAUGGUACUUCUUUAGAAUAAGAUUUAUAUACAUAUACAUAUAUAUAUUUUUGUUAUAUAUCAACAUAAUUGUUCAUAUUGAUAAUAUAUCUCUGCACAACA